AUGAAAGCUGAGAUCGCCAUUUUGGCAUUACUGAUCUACGCAUCUGUUGGAUUUCUCCCCUCCCGAAAGGUCCAUCAACCCCCAACGAUUCUUCAAGCAAAGACUAAGGACGGAUAUUCGAUUCAGUACUCCUCAAAUUUCCAUCGCCAUGUGGUUUGUAAGGGUGAUGUCGUAAAAGAGAGUUUCCUGUGGCUAGAUGAAGCUAUUGGGAAGUAUCCAAACGCUGAAUUCCUACCAUUAUCCACAAGCGCCAGUUUCCAAUCUCUCGAGAAACGAAAGGAAGCCAAUGAGAGGUCAACACGAAAAUCAGUUGUUGCAAUCAGUGAAGUUAAUGAAAUUCUGGAGAGAUAUGACAGUGUGGACAUUGCAUCAAAGGAAGCGGGGACUUCUCCAGGCAACAUGUACCGUGUAAUUCAGACAUGCCGACUAUUCAAGGGUAGAUAUUACGCCUAUGAAUUAGACUCUACAGAACAGUCAAUACAAUCGAAAGAUGUUCCGUUAAUAGCUGGAGGAGGUUUGCAAACAGAUUCCGCAUACAACAUUACAACGGAAACAGAAUUAUCCUAUCGAGUUAAUGUGGACGACGAGACAAUGCAGAAGUUUGAAUCCGUGAUCAAUAAUCUGGAUGCCAAGCUGCAAUCUUCGUUUUUCGACAAGUUCCCCGUCGCAGAUCAGAUUUGGAUCAGAGAGCGCAUUAUCUUCUUCCUUGCUCCGCAGCCAUAUUCGUAUACUCAGGAGGAUUGGGUUGUGAAGUUCUGUAAUGAAGGAUGCGGCGUGGGCUUGACUGAAUCACAAACCGUCGCUGCCAUCUUGGCCCUUCGCCAUUUGUUGCAAUUCUAUCCCAGCGAUUCCAAUUCUGGCAAACCGUCAGCAUUGUAUUUCUACCAGCAAUUGAAGUUGGACAUUGAAUUGUCGAAUGAAGCUCGGAUCGAACUGAACUAUUGGCUCAGUUCAGCAUGCGCUGCCGACCUCCUGUCGUUCACUUUUCUUCAUUCCUUGGGUGUAUCCUGGGAUCAGUGUCGCAUAAUGCUGGAUUCAUUGUCAGCAUCAUUGGUUUCUUCCGAGCUGGAACCAGACUGGGAGUUGUCCACUUCUCGGUCAUCAAUGAGGAAUCAGCUAAGAGCAGAUGCAAUGAACUGCUUUAGAAUGCGCCUGCGUCUGAGCCCAUCUGAGGUUUAUGAUAUUAUAAAGGUCAACAAGCAAAUGUCUUACUACUCCGAGUGCAAACUGACAAGUUCCAUGGAUCAUCUUCAAGCCAAGAUGCUGUUGUCAUCCCAAGACUUGAAAACACUCGUCAACAAAUGUCCUACGAUCCUUGGGUACACUACUUCAAAAGUGGACAAACAACUGGGGUUCCUUUCAACUGAAGUCAACCUGACAAUGGAUGAAAUUAGAAAAGCAUGCUUGAUUUUCCCUUCGCUGAUGUGCUAUGGCGUCGAAUCAAACCUGAAACCGAAAAUUACUUUCUUCCGCGACACUAUUGGCUUGUCCACGCACAAUGUAUCCAAAAUGGUGCUAUCGAACCCGUCUCUCUUGGGCAGAUCUUUGAACAAGACCAUUUCUCCAACGAUUGGUGGCCUUAGUGAGAAGCUUGGACUGAGUGUAGGCGACAUCCGAGACCUCGUUAUCCGCAUGCCACAAAUUCUUCUCAUGAAUUGGGACCUGAACUUGAAACAGAAGCUUGAUUUUCUGCAGCGACGACUGGGCCUCUCAGAAGAAGAGCUGUCGACGAUCUUCAUGAAAUCACCUUAUGUUUUCGCUGGCAGUAUUGUAAAGUCACUGGAACCGAAGCUGAAAAUACUGGAGGAGGUUUCGGAUGGAAACUUCACUGCAAGGGAUGCUAUCAUAAAGAAUCCAGCUUUGUUGUUGGGGCCAAUGAAGACCAUUGAACGUCGAUUAAAACAACUCAAUGAAACUAACGCCACCUUUGCCCAGGUCUUUGAUGCAGAGUCGAAAACUUCAGGAGUUCGAAGAAAGAAAGAAGUCUUGGAACUUGUGAACGGCACUGUGGUUCGAGCAUUACCGAGCGUAGAAGCCGCAGCAUUAGAAAUUGGGACAGGGAAGCAGAACAUGUACAACAUCAUAAAGGCGAAACGAGAGUUCAAUGGAAAGUAUUACCGGUACGGCAGUAUUCCAAGCAAAAACAUACCGAAUGUCAAGCGGAUUUCAUCGGUCUCUUUGAGACAGUCGCGAGAGCAACAGAGGCGAAAGUCAUUUCUUGGAAACGUUCGAGCUAGCUAUGUUCCUGACAAAACGAAUACUCGUCUGGUGGAUUUACUCAAAUCCACAUUAGCAUUGACAGAUGAGCCUGGCCUUGUGCUCAAGACGCGAGAUCCAGACAACCUCUACUUUGCGGUCUUUGUUGCCAGUACCGUAUUUCCUCCUAAAAAAGUUGACGGGCUCAGAGGGAGAAGAAAGGCUGGAGGUUCUUCGCUUUAUGUUCCGCAGCUGCAGGGUAGCCAUAGAGGUGCAAAACUUUUGCGAACAGCUGCCGAACGAUGCUUCUCUAACUUACUCAUGCCCAGUACUACCGAUACUGAUGUGGGUACCAACUAUGCCGACGCAACCAUGCUGCUGGGUUAUCCGUAUAAUCGACCGAGUAAGAACCGUUGUGGACUGUAUGCUUGUCGGGAAGCACUUCGGCUGGCGAUAGAAGUCCUGCAAGCAAAUCAAGUUGAAGGCAGCAAAGACGAACUGAAAGAGUUCAAGAUCCAUGUGGAUGUGUUCACAGAUUCCAACUAUGCUUGGGAAAUUGUGAAGAAUAGUGACGAUCUGAAGCGAUGGGGAGAGGCACCGACCAGGGGUGGCUUUGAAUACGACGGGUCGGUGCCCAAGCAUAGAGUCAAUACUGAUAUUCUGUAUCCACUUUCAAGGACUUAUUUUCGCAUGGUGGAACAGGAUUUCCUACCAGCUAUUGCUACCCAGAGGAACAUUAGGCGCGUUGGAGCAGCCGCGGCGACCGCCGUGACUCCCGCGAAAGAAGCCGAACCAUUGGCCAAAGAGAUUACCGUUCAAUUUCGGCACACCUCUGAAGUAGCUGCGUGGUGCAAGGAAGGUUCUCGGGUUCAUAAAUUGGCGGAGUACUCUGAGAAAGCAGCUAUGUGGCAAUACGAGCGGGCAUACGUAUUUCCAGUAUUAUAA